AUGCAGAAGCACAAUCAGAAGGAGCACCUCUACAAGCUGCUGGUGAUCGGGGACCUCGGAGUGGGCAAAACCAGCAUCAUCAAACGUUAUGUCCACCAGAAUUUCUCCCCCCACUACCGGGCCACCAUUGGGGUGGACUUUGCCUUGAAGGUGCUGAGCUGGGAUGCUGAGACUGUGGUACGGCUGCAGCUCUGGGAUAUCGCGGGUCAGGAAAGAUUUGGAAACAUGACCAGGGUAUAUUACAGAGAGGCCAUGGGGGCAUUUAUUGUCUUUGAUGUUACAAGACCUGCAACAUUUGAAGCAGUGACAAAAUGGAAAGAAGAUUUGGACUCUAAGUUGGUUCUUCCAAAUGGCAAACCUGUGCCGACAGUCCUCUUAGCAAACAAAUGUGACCAGGGAAUAGAUGUUCUUAUGAACAACGGCAUCAAGAUGGAUCAAUUCUGCAAAGAGAAUGGGUUCGUGGGUUGGUUUGAAACAUCAGCCAAGGAAAAUAUAAACAUCAAUGAAGCUUCCAGAUGCUUGGUGAAACACAUAAUUGCUAGUGAGAGUGAUCCAGUUCAGUCUAUUGAACCAGAUAUUAUAAAACCACACUUGAAUUCCUCCAAGAUCGUCAGUUGUUCAGCUUGCUUUAAAUCCUAAGAGACUUCCAGACUAUUACAAGAGCUGAACAACUAUGAUUCACGAUGUAUACUUUAUCCAAUGUACACAGUAUGCCCAGAUUGUCCAUAAGCAGAUUGCCGUUUUCUCAAAAAUAUACUUAGCUUUUUCCAUAAUUUUUGACAGCUAAAAUUUAUUAUGAGCUGUUCAUUGAUAGCAACUCUUCAAAACUGUCUUUGGCUACUGGUCAAAUAAGACUCAUGGUAAUGGCUGUGUUUUCCCAGUUGGGUAGCCCCAACAAUGAUAUCAAAACCUGUUUCUUUGCAAUGUGGUUUCUGAAAGCUCAUAUUUGUGAUGUGACUGAAGCAAUACUCUAUAUGCCCAUUGGUCCUCCAGCCCAUCUUCUCAAUACCCUGACCAGGCAACCAUCAUCAUUACACUUUUUUGUCACCCCCUCACACUUGAAUGAUCUUGUUUUAUACGAGAAAGCUGGUGAUGACAAUGAAAAUAUAGCUGUUCAGAAAGAGGCAACAAAAAUGUUCACAAUGAAAUAUUCCCAUUGUCAGUUCAGUCUCCUGGAUGAAGUGGCAGAAUUGAACAUGAAGCAAUCUUCCAUGUCACUCAGUUAUCCAGAACUCAGCUUGUGAAACCGAACCCUAAUGCAGUUUUUGCUGCCCCUUUCUGAAGAGUUGUUAGCAUUGUCUUCAGGUGAAGCAAGAUGAGACGAUCAAGGGUAACAGGUGACAAAACAGGGAAUCCAGGGUACAGUCUCAUAGUUGAAGUGGCUGAGCAUUUUCAGAAAGGUUACCUAUGCUAGAAAGCCAGCAUCUCAUCUGAAAAGCACUCACUGAUUUUGUUCCUGCCUCUCCAUCCUUCAUGCCACAGGUGUUGUACCUGUGUGUUUACACUGUGUAUAUUCUAUAAGUCCCUGCAUGCAUCCCACCAUUAUGUUGAUUCUCGUGGGAAAAUUCGUUAUCCACACUACAGUGUAACAGUUGAGCUUUCCAGGAACACACCUAUGUUGAACAGCAGAGUAUUUGCUUUCUGAGAACAUUCUUCUAAAAAACACCAUUGUAUGAAUGAUCAUAAGAAGCAAAAUGAAACAGUCCUAAGAAACACUCCUAGAAUACGUGCAGAAUUUGUUGAGCUGUACGGUGGAAAUGAAAUGGUUGAUUUUCAGAGUCUCACAAAGUAUGCAGGUUGAUGGAGUCAUUCAUACAAGUGUGUCUAGACAAGAAGUCUUGACAUCUGGCUGCAAGCCCCUGCAAGACAAACUUUGCCUGUCUCCUGCCACAGACAAAUCACUUCCAUUUUCUUGUUCCUACUCAGCCUUUUCCUUUCUAAGCUGUGAACUCUCAGUGGCAGGAGCUGUCUUCUGAGAUGGGUUUCUGUCCUUAGAGAUGUGUAACACUGGAGGGGAGGAGGCAGAAUCUCAUGACCUCUUGUGUUUGCAGACAUCACUGCAAUACUUCACCGAAUACUUAGUUGGAAAUGAAGGAGUAAAAUGCUCAAAGGCUAGUAAAUAGGUGUUGGGUAGGAAAAAUGAAAAAAAAAAAAAAUCCUGAAGCUGAUGUUGUCCUGGGAGACCUAUGGGCUUCAUGUGUCUCUAAAGUCCAGCUUAUUAUUGAAUGAUCUUUUACUAUAGAGGCACUGCAGGGGAAAGCCAGGGACAGAGACAUAGCUGUCUAUGUACUCUUCCUAAAGCCUUAAAUUGAUAUAUUUUUGUCACAGAAUUUUAGAAUAAGAAAGCAAGGUCUGUGGUUUUAAAAAUAAAAUCCACGUCCAGAAUUAAUCUGCACACACACAUAGAUGUAAGGAUACAUAUAUAUCAUGAGCUGGCUUUUUCUGAGGAGAGUAAUUUUCAAGUUGUCUUGAUCUCAGUGUUAUCCUUUAACACCUGUGUUAAACAUCCUUUUACUCCUGCUGUGAUCUGGGUCAAAUACCUUAACCUUUCUGCCUCAGUUUCCUCAUCUGUUAAAUAGGGAUUGAUGUACACACCUACCUCACAGCACUCCUUGGAAGUUACUGUUGGCACCGUGCUUUGAAGAUAUAUGUUAUACAAAUGCCAAGCUCUAUUACUGCUCAGAAUGAAAUAUGAGUGCCCUCUAGCAUAAAUACAUGGUGCUGUAAUGCCUUAAUGUUCUAAAUCUAUCUGGGGCUUGUCUCUGCUGCAACAAUUAGCUUCAAUUAUUCCACCUCAGUUAACCUAGGCGAGGUUAUACAGCAACGUGUGACUGCAUGGGAUGAUUAGAUUAGCUGCAGAUGGGUUGCAAACGGAAACUGUGGCUGCACAGAUGUCAUGGUACUAGUUUAAUAAUCUCAGCAACAAAGCUGCAAUUCAGAACUAGUGCCAGGUCAACCAUUUCAGAUUUAAAGCAUUAUUUAAGUCAAUUCGUAUGGAUGUCUUAUUAAGGAUAAUACUUGAGCCAACACCGUGGGGAACACAAGCACCUCAAUAUUCAGAUGGCUUCUAAAGGGCUAAGUUUUCAUGAGUUGAACCCCAUGCCUUAAUUAUAAACCUCGAUGCCUCAGGUGAAGCAGAGGAAGUUGUCAUUUCUUCCAAAAGUUAUUUUGGGCUCAACUUGCAAUGAACAGCAGUUGCUAAUGUGUUUUAGUUAUCUUCAGAUCACUUGUCUUUGCUGGCUUCUAGCCAAUAUUCAUUAAGCAUAAUGGUAAUUUUCACAAAUGUUUGAGAGCUAUGGCUAAAGAUCUGGUAUAACAGUAAUUAAAAAAAAAACCCACAUAAAUAAAACACUUAAAGGACAUAUAGAUUUUGAUUUUUUUUUCUUCUCUGUAUUGUAUAAAUCUGCUUUAAACUAUGAACUCAUCAUCUGUUCCUCUCGUUUCUGUUGUGUCAGGUUUCACUGCAGUCACAGUUCUGGGGCAGAUUUUCCACCUCUGGUACAUGGUGGACAGAAUUUGGCCAAUUUUUAAACUAAGGUAUAAGUUCUAAAGUCGUACAUAGAAUCAUAGAAUGGUUUGGGCUGGAAGGAACCUUAAAGAUCAUCUAGUUCCAACCCCCCUGCCAUGGGCAGGGACACCCUCCACUAGACCAGGUUGCCCAAAGCCUCAUCCAACCUGGCCUUCAACACUUCCAGGGAUGGGGCCUCCACAACUUCUCUGGGCAACCCGUUCCAGUGCCUCACCACCCUCACAGGGAAGAAUUUCUUUCUAACGUCUAAUCUAAAUCGACCCUCCUUCAGCUUGAACCCAUUACCCCUUGUCCUGUCACUACACCCCCUGAUAAACAGUCCCUCACCAGCUUUCCUGUAGGCCCCUUCAGGUACUGGAAGGCCACAAUUAGAUCUCUCUGGAGCCUUCUCUUCUCCAGGCUGAACAAUCCCAACUCUCUCAGCCUGAAUACAUAUUUACACGUAACAAUUAGAACAGUGUCAUGAAAUCUCAGGCCUCCUUGGGAGGUUACAUAAUUCCAAAUGUUCAUUUUUAUUUGUACUGAAGUGAUAAGAAUCUGUCAAGUCUCUUUCUGUAAUGCAAUAAAUGUGUGAAUGCCACCUGGGUAUCUAGCAAACAGAGCCUUUUUGGAAGGGUUGUUGUAGGCAGGCCAGAAUAAAAGAUUUAAUUUAGAAUUAAUGAGCUCAGUUUGUGCCAAUACCCUUUCAGGAACAAAUGUAAAAUUUAAUUAUACUGUGUCAGUGUCUAACAGGUUGGAUUUCCUUUUUUUUUAUUGAUACAGUCUGUACUAUGUCCUCUUUGCUGGUCAUUAGGGACCAGGCAUCUUAAUUGCAUGGCCAUUUCAAAAUGAAACAUUUUCCCCUUCUGUUUGCAAUAAGUAAUAAAAGACACAAGUCUCUAUUGCCUUCCAAGUGGGCAAAGAUACUGCAAAGUGGAUUUUAAAUUAAUUUUCAUUCUAGUUCUCCAUAAAUGCCCCUCUGGGUGUCCCAGCACCUAGAACCACGGGCUGAUGUGCAGGUGAGGUGCCAGGCAUGAGGGAUCAGCCCAAAACACUCAUGAAAAAUGGUGGUUGAGCAUCUCUACCCCAAGGCUUCAUUUACCAACUCAGCUACACUACCAGCCAUAACAGGUGGCUUUCAUUUUCCAUCUUUGAAGCUCCAUACAAACAAAAUCUCAUGAUCCUAAAUACCUUGGGAAGCAUAUACAUAUUGCUAUUAGGAAAAUGGAUGGACUGAAAGGUAAAUAUUAUUCUAUUAUUCCAGAAAGAUCAUAAUUUAUUUGACCAAGUUGAGCUUUCAACAGAAAGCCAUUUGGACUCUGAAAAUCAGGCUUUGUUCUUCUUAGGCACCAUUUUUUUAGAUCAUAUAUUUUCAUUGAACUUUUGUAUUCAGGAAUAGUUGUUCCCAACAGUACCUUAUGUAUGCAGCUUGAAUUGUUGUACAUUGAUAUUUUAUCUUCAGAUUUUUUUUUUUUUGCUUCUAUUUUAACCUAUCUGACCAUAUAAAAGGGGGAGGGAGGGAGAAGGUGCAUGUUUAAAUAGCAGUUUUGGUUUGCUUCUUAAAACAGCUUGUCUAGCUGGAUGAAGUGAAAUUGGUAAAUACAUGUGGGAAAUGCAAUUUUAUGUCAAUUGCCAGGAAACAAUCAAUGAAAAUAUAUUUUACUGCUCCAAUAUUUAUGCAUGUGACCGCAGG